AUGGAUAAAGUUUGUGUUCAUUGUCGUGCGAAAAAAUUUGAAGCUGAGCCCCCUGGAAUGUGUUGUUCAGGCGGUCCAGUGAAAUUGCCAGAAUUAUCUCCACCACUCGAACCAUUGGCAUCAUGGCUCUUGGGCGAAACGAUUCAAGCGAAACAUUUCUUGGCGAACAUACGGAGAUACAACUCAUGUUUUCAAAUGACAUCAUUUGGGGCGACAGAAAUAUCUCACGGGAAUUUCAUGCCGACCUUCAAGGUUCAGGGGCAAAUUUACCAUCUCGCAGGAUCCCUUCUCCCGCUUCCUGCGUGUGAACAUAAAUUUCUUCAGAUAUAUUUUAUGGGGAAUUUAGAGGAUCAAAUCGGUCAGCGCUGUCGCAUCGACACCCAAACUCACCGAGAAAUAAUUGCUGCUUUACAAACGUUGUUUGACCAGCAUAAUGCAUUAGUGAGACUUUUCAGGACCGCUCUUGAACUUAUGCCGACAGAUGAAUACGUGAUUGGCAUUAAAGCCGACAAAGUGCCUGUCGGCGAACACAGAGGUCGGUACAAUGCACCUUCGAUUGACGAGGUAGCUAUUGUUAUUGUGGGGGAACAUUUUGAAUCACGGGACAUUGUAUUACAUAGGGAAAGUGGCGUUUUGAAACGUGUGAGUGAGACUCAUCGAUCAUAUGAUGCUCUCCAGUAUCCUAUUAUAUUUUGGCAAGGAGAGGAUGGUUAUCAUUUCAAUAUCCGUAUGAGGGAGCCAUUCUCAGACAUUGAAACAGAAAAAAAAGUCAGCGCUAUGAACUACUAUUCCUAUCGAUUGAUGAUGAGGGACGAUAGGGAUAAUCAUAUUUUGAGAUGUCGACAGUUAUUUCAUCAAUACGUUGUGGAUAUGUAUGCGAAGAUUGAGACAGAACGUCUCCUAUAUAUUCGAUUGAAUCAGACCAAAUUGCGAGCCGAACAAUACAUACAUUUAAGAGAUGCGAUAAGCACGGAUUCAAAUAUCAAUCCCAACGAUCUCGGCAACGUCGUAAUUCUUCCCGCGACAUUUACCGGGAGCCCGAGACAUAUGCAUGAAUAUGCUCAGGAUGCCCUGACAUAUGUUCGGUAUCACGGUCGGCCGGAUUUAUUUAUAACAUUCACCUGUAACCCGACUUGGGAAGAAGUGAAAGUUCUUCUGAAACCGGGACAAACGUCGAUGGAUCGUCAUGAUGUUAUCGCGAGGGUGUUUAAGCAGAAAUUGAAAGCAAUGAUUGACAUGGUUCAUGGUUCAUGGUUCAUGGUUUUAUUGAUCCAUAUGUUCCCGUGA